AUGACUGCCCCGAGAAGUAGCCGUAAAUUCAUUGAUACGAACAACCCUUCUGCUGGGUUUCACUGCCGGACAUGCGUUCGGCAUUUCAAUCAUCACGGCAACCUCCCAACUGAGCAAGAUCUUGCAGCGUUCCAGUACCGCAAAGAGAUGCGAAGUAGGCGUCCUACCGCCGCCCAAAAGAAGAAAGCAGAUGACAUUUCGAGAGAAUCCAUGGCUCACCAUUCCAAGUCCCCCAAACAAAUGAAACAGAGCCGCGGUGAAUAUCCCUGCAUGCACUGUGGUGACAAAACCAUCUCCAGCAGCAAGCGUAGGCUUGUUGAGCCCCAGAAUCCUGCGGCAGGCUACUACUGCCAGCCAUGCACGCGGUCUCUACUUGAAAAUGACGUCUUGCCAAGUACCGUCAAAAUUGCGGCGCUUCGAAAGCUCAGAGAGACCCGUAUGCAAAGCAAUCCCCGAGUCUUAAAGAGCCCUUGUCUCCACUGCGGUGAGAUCACCGCCCCCAGCAGCAAGCGCCGACUAGUUGAGUCGAAGAACCCUCAGGCCGGGUAUUACUGCCGCGCCUGUGCGGACUGUUUGAUUGAAACCAAUUCGCUGCCCAGCGAUAUACGUCUUGCAGUUCGCAGAGCGCGAGAGCAGGUCAGGCUGAAAAACUUACGGGUUAGUCAAUCUAAACAGUCGCAAUCUCCGGUCUCUACGGGGGGAGGAGCUACACCAACAGACACCCCCACGGAUAAGACCGCACAGGCCUGUGCGCACUGCAAAACCGAGGAAAUUACGGGCCCCUGA